CAGGAGCAAUAGACGGAUUACUGCUAACUGUGCACACGGCAGCCUGCAGCUGCUCUGACCGGGGCCAGCCAGACCGACGAUUGGACUAAAGCGUGAGCAGAGAGAAGGAAGAUGACUGUGCCGGCAGUUCUUUAGCCUUUUCUCUGCCUCUCAGUCUCUGUCACAACGGGGCUAAUCAGCGGCUGACUAGCCCUUGGCAAAGUCACAGAGAGGGAGGUCUAACCCACCAAACAGCCGAGCUGCCAGACCAUGCACCAGGACCCAGAACACUGAGGAUUUCUACAUGUUUUUGUAUUCUCCUGUGACUUCUUUUUCCGCCACUCUGCUCCUGUGUUCUGUUUGACUGCGUUAUGGAUCAUUGUGAUUUAUCCAGCGCGGAGUGCCGAUUGGGGGUCUGCAGCUUGGCACUGGGGCUGUUAGAGAGGGCAGAAGGGAUCCGCGGAGCUGCCAAGCUUUACUGGCCUUACAUCUGCUCAAAGAGGAAACAAGAAAACAGCUCUCGCCCUGGGAUGGAUUUAUAAAUGAAUGUGAUGCAGGACUGCUUCUUUUUGAGACAGAAAAGAGAAGAAAUGCUCUGAUUUCAAACUAAUGAGCACCCUUCAACACUGUCGAUGGAACUUGGGGGCACCGAGUUGCUCCAACCAGGCUAAGGUGGUGUGUCUGUGGCGGGUGUGUGCCAUCUCCCCCUACCAUGCAGAAUAAUGAGCCCUCCACACCAUGAGUCCUCUGGGCCAGGUUAGUGUGAAGCUUACCUGGAACACAGCUUUGCUCGCCGUGCUCUGCCUCAUGGUACCUCUGAGUAUGUGCCAGUCCACGGGCCCCGCUAUGGGCCCUACUCACCCACAGAACUGUCCAGCUGUGUGCUCCUGCACUAAUCAGCUCAGCAAGGUGGUGUGCACCCGCCGCGGCCUGGUCAGGGUGCCCCCCAACAUCCCCACCAACACCAGGUACCUCAACCUGAUGGAGAACAGCAUAGAGACUAUCCAGGCCGAUACCUUUAGGCGCUUGCACCACCUAGAGGUACUGCAGCUGGGCCGCAACGCUAUCCGACAGAUUGAAGUGGGAGCAUUUAAUGGGCUGACCAGCCUGAACACAUUGGAGCUGUUCGAUAACAGGCUGACCGUCAUUCCCAGUGGGGCCUUUGAGUACUUGUCAAAGUUGAGAGAGUUGUGGCUCCGGAAUAAUCCCAUCGAGAGCAUCCCGUCCAACGCCUUCAACCGUGUGCCGUCCCUGAUGAGGCUGGAUCUGGGAGAGCUGAGGAAACUGGAGUACAUCUCUGAUGGGGCAUUUGACGGCCUUCAGAAUCUCAAGUAUCUAAAUUUAGGGAUGUGUAACCUGAGGGAGUUUCCUCAUCUGUCUCCUCUGGUGGGAUUAGAAGAGCUGGAGAUAUCCGAGAAUGUUUUCCCUGAACUCAAACCCGCGGCCUUCCAUGGACUUAAACAUUUGCGGAAACUCUGGAUUAUGAACUCUGCCAUCACCAUUAUAGAGAGAAAUGCAUUUGAUGACAACACAGCUCUGGUGGAGCUGAAUCUAGCCCAUAAUAACCUGUCAUCGCUCCCACACAACCUGUUCACCCCACUGCAGUACCUCGUGGAGCUGCACCUGCACCAUAACCCAUGGCGCUGUGACUGUGAUGUGGUGUGGCUUUCCUGGUGGCUCCGAGAAUACAUCCCCACCAACUCCACGUGCUGCGGGCGCUGCCACACCCCGCUCCACAUGAGAGGCCGAUAUUUAGUGGAGGUGGAUCAGACCACCUUCCAGUGCUCUGCCCCGGUCAUCCUGGAUGCCCCCAGAGAUCUGAAUAUUUCAGCAGAGAGAGUGGCUGAGCUAAAGUGUCGCACAGCGGCCAUGAGCUCAGUGCGAUGGCUUCUCCCUAAUGGCACUGUAUUGACACAUGGGUCGGCUCACGCGCGGAUAUCUGUGCUUAAUGAUGGAACGCUCAACUUUUCCAAUGUUCUCCCCACUGACACGGGCAUCUACACGUGCAUGGUGAGCAACAUGGCAGGAAAUUCAAAUGCCUCAGCAUACCUAAAUGUUAGCAACGCUGAACUCAAUACAUCUAAUUUGUCCUACUUCACCACUGUCACCGUGGAGAUCAUGGAGCCCACAGUGGAGGAGACCCCUAAGCCCAAACCCACACUUCCGGCCUCCCCUUCUGUGUUCCAGCCGGUCUUUAUCUCCACACCUACUGUGCUGUUCCACAACACUCAGACUCCCAGGCAGGUGUCCAUCCCCACUGCCAAGAUCCCCAGUGGGCCCGCAGCCAGCCUGGACGAGGUCAUGAAGACCACCAAAAUUAUUAUUGGCUGCUUUGUUGCAGUCACCCUGCUGGCAGCUGCCAUGUUGAUAGCUUUUUAUAAGUUACGCAAACGACAUCAACAGAGGAGCACAGUGGCUGCAGUGAGGACCAUAGAAAUCAUUCAGAUGGAGGAGGAGGUUCCUCCGGUUCCUCCCACCACCUCUGGAUCUAGCGGCUCAGACGACACAGGAUUGGUACUGCCCACUUUAGUGGAACACAACAGCAACACCUUUAAACCUGGGUACGUGUCCUCGUCCUUACGACAGGGGAGCUAUGGCGCACACUGGACCCAUAACAACUCUGUGCACCGCUCUGUCAGACAGCAUCACAGCCACAUCAGCACUAUCUCUGACCCUUACGUCAUCAAGAGCUCUCAUGGCAAGGAUAAGGUUCAAGAGACCCAAAUCUGAGGAGCUCUCCCUGGAUUUUACUGACUGCCCUCCUCCAUCAUUCUGCUCACUCGCCCAUGCAAUAGAAUGCACAAGGAACAAGAUGGUAACUUUCUUUUGUACAGUGAAAAC